UCCUUCGCCCGUUCCAUGGACGAACGUCUUUCACUGUCAAUUAAUGUCAAAAAAUAACAAAUAAACAAAACCUGCAAAAUAGUUUUCGAUACAGGGACGGGGAAAUUUAAUAAAUUGAUAAAAUGGCCAGUUAUCAAGAAGUUUAUAAAAAAUUGUGCCGUAUAUGUUUAUCUUACGAUACCAAAGAAGGUAUGGUAAGUUUGACUGAGAAAAACAAUGAAGAUGGAAUUAGUCCAUAUGGGAAAGCAGUUUUAAUUUUUGCCAAGAUCUCUUUAAAACCUAAUAAUAAUUUUCCCACUUUCAUGUGUAAAAACUGUUUGAUAUUAUUAAAACAAUCAAUUAGUUUCAAAUUAAGAUGUGAAAGAAGUGAAAAACAGUUGAUGAAAUGUGCAGAAAUAUACCAAACUACAAAGAACGACGGAACUAAAUUCGAAGAAAUCGUUGUUGAUAAUAUUAUAUUUUCAAAAUAUUUCCCUGACGAAGCAGCUGGCAAAAUAAAUAUUAGUCAAUACGAUAACCAAAAUGUAAACGACAUAAGACAGGAAACUGAUGAAGAAUCAGAGCAGGUUGUGUCAUCAAGUUUUUCAGAACAAAGUGAUAAUGAGCAAAUUUAUCAAGAGUCUGAUGUCGACAGUUCAGACGAAAUAUUGAAUGUAAUGGAGGCAAACAUUGGUCAGUAUCCCAGAGUGAAGAGUGUAGAUUAUAAAAGUUACAUACAUCAAAAGAUGAUACGUAGAAAAAGGAGAUUAGUGAAAAUAAUAGCUAAACAAGACACAAGUCGACGUGCUCAAAAUGCCUUAAAACUUAAGAGACUGAAAAUGCAAAUUUUGUCAAGGAGUGCCAUUUUGAAGGAAAAACUAGUUUGUGAAACAUGUAACAAGGCUUUUGCCAAUAAAAAUACUUACCGAUAUCAUAUGCAGAAACAUAACGGCUACAACUAUAUAUGUGAGCACUGUGGAAAAGGUUUUCCUUUGGUAGCAGAGCUUAAUUUACAUCAACUUGCACGUCAUGGCACUGGUCCAUAUAUACAGUGUAAACUCUGCAAUUUCAAAGCAUCUAGGAAGCAUGAUUUAAUUGAGCAUGAACGAUUACACACGGGUGAAAGGCCAUAUACUUGUGAUAAAUGUGGUUUGACAUUCCGCAGACGUGCUAUAUGGAGGAAGCAUAUGAUUUAUCAUACUGAAAAAACAGUUCAAUGUCCACAUUGUCCUAAAAAGUUCUAUAGGCAAGGUGAAAUGCUUUCGCAUAUGAAUGGCAUGCAUGAAAGGCUGUAUUUAUAUUCAUGUCACAAAUGUGAUACGCAAUAUGCGAAAACUGCAUCAGUUAGGAGACACCUAACAGAAAAGCAUGGUAUACCAAGGGAAGAACAGGGUAGAAUUAUAAGAAUUAAUAAAAGAAGAUUUGAAUGUAAUGAAAUGAAAAGAUGUUGAAUUAAAGCAAUUUUUUUGUUGAAAGAUAACAUGUAAUUUUAUUCAAUAACUCCCCGUAGUUCAAUGUUAUGUCAAGUCAUAAUUACAAAAUAACAUUAAAAAAGUUUUUUUUUUUUUAUUAGCAUCAUAUUGCACUGCUCUGUGGGCAUUAAAAAACAAAUAUUAAAUCAGGUCCAGUAAUCUUUGAGAAAUUUAUGGGAAUUAAUAGUUUAUUUUUAACUAAUAGAAACAACUAGGACCAAAUUAUUGAAUAUUUCGUAAGUUAUAAAUUUUUAAUAUAAUUAUAAGGAUUCAAAAUUAUAUUUUUAAAUGUGCACAAUUUUUUUUUACCAAGGAGGUAGGACAAUCGUAUCAAAGCCCUGUGAUUGAAAUGAAAAAUGUACUUUAUAAAAUAUAAAAGUAUAAAUAAGGGUUCUAGGAAAAUUAGUAAAUAGUUUUAUACUGAUUUUAUUCUCAUAUUUUUUAUUUUUAAUAUUGAUUCUGAUAUUGUAUUGUUUCGAGUUGCGGAUUAUCUUGGGUUUAUGCAGCCCAGUAUCACUGCGACCAUUGCUGAUCUAUUGUGAUCUCCACAUACUACAGUUCACGGUCAAGAU